AAUCCGCCAUAUUGGAAUCACUAGUACAGGCUUGUGAAAUGUUCCGAAUCAAAAGUACAAGAGGGUCAUUAUUGCAAUCGUUUGUAAACUUAUCUCGACUAACAUCCUCGAAGGGUCGUUUGUCUUCAGCAAACAAAUACUUUUAUACACAACUAAGAAGAUGUGAAUCAACUACAGCAGGGUCCCCAAGGUCAACCAAAGGCCUACCAGUUUGGAAAAUAGCAGCAGGAGUAGCCUUAGCCAGUAGUGGAGGUGUGGUUGGAGCAGCUCUAGCCUUUCAUUACAGCGCAGAUGUCCGCACAUGGUGGGCCACAAAUUUUCCAUAUCUUGCACCUUAUUUGGGUACCUUGGGUGAGUCCUUAACAGGGAGCAAAACGUCUCCAAUUCUUGGUGGAAAAGUAAACAAUACUUCAAGAGACCCAACAAAGCCUCAUUCUUUCGAUGAACCAUUGAAUCUUGGUGUUUCAACACAUAAAGCUCCCCAAAAGGAUGCUGAUCCUUCAUCAAGAAAACCUGUGAAGCCUUUGGCUGGGAGUAAGGAACCAGUGGCAUCUGUUUCAUCAGUUGAUCAAACAGGCAUUUCUGCUGUCGAUCUUGCAAUUGCCAGAACAGUUGAAAGGGAAGUAAAAGAGAGUGCUAACUCAAUAGAACCUAAGCCUGAUGCCCCUCAGAAUACAGUUAGUAAACCACCAAAGCCUGGAGGUAGAGGAAAAGCAGAGUCACCAACAGCUGCUGUGUCAGCUCUAGAUCAAGUGGGUGUUUCUUCUGUGGACCUUGAUAUCUCAUCUGCUGUGGAAAAGGAGGCUGAGCCUGCUACCACAGCCAAGGUACCAGAAGGUAUAGGGAAACCAGCUGAGAAAGGAGAAGAUACUGGAUCUCAUGAAAUCAAAGAUGUGGACACAAGUCUUACUGAGAAGGAAGUUGAAGCCCUCAUAGAUCAGACUGCCAUGGAAGCUAUGGUUCAUGAUGCAGUGGAAAAGUUAAAGGGUAUUGGUCAAGAAGCUAUAGAGGCUCAGCAAACAGCUGGCAAAGCCAUACAGGAACAUGUUGAACAGCUCAAGAGUGCACUUGCUCAAUCCCUUGAGGGUAGAACUCUUAAGGAUCUUAGUGAAUUGGUACUAAAUUCUCAAAAGGCAGCCAUUGACAGUGUUAAUGCUGCCAAAACUGCACAGGUAAAAGUAAAUGAAGAAGUAGAAAAGGUUCAUUCUAUUAUCAAAGAAGCAGAUGCUGCUGGGGUUAAAGGAGCAGGAACUACUGCAGCAGAAGAGGCAGCGAGGGUAAGUUACAGUGUGCAGAAAGCAGCGUUAGACGUGCAGAAGGCCAAGGCCGAGGCAGCAGUUCUGGAGGAACAUCAGAAAGACUUGGCCAAAAGUAAAGAUAUGUUCAGGAAGGAGCUACUGGAUAUAAUACCUGGUGCUCUGAAAGGAGAAGCUUUGGAAGGUGUUGGGGAGAAAGAUGAUAGGUCUGAGUCGGUUCUUUUGGCAUAUGCUCGGAAAAGACUUGAUCAGCUAACACAGGAGCUUGUCAGUUACCAGACUGAGGAACAAAAGAGGCUCGAGAACUCCCUUAAAAUCCAACGAGAAGAGGACGCCAAGGUGACUGAACUUAGACUAAAACAAGAAGCUGAGAGAAUGGUAUCCGAAUUUGAAACCACUCUGAAGAAGAAGGAAGCAGAGCUUUCAGCAGAAUACGAGGUGAGCCUCCGACAGCAAUUACGUCGCCAGGCAGCAGCAUACAGUGAUAACUUGGCUGAGGUUCUCCGUGUUCAGGCUACGGAACUAGAAAACAGGUAUAAGGACGACUUGCAACAAAAAAUGGCCAUAGAAAAAGAGGCUUUUAAAGUGCAGUUAGCUGGAGCUCUUGCUCAGUUACGAGGUGUGGCAUCAGUGAUAGAGGGCAGAGCAGAUGUUGAGAAACAAAAUAAGCAGGCACAAAAGCUCUGGACAGCGUGUCAAUCGUUGACUACAGCUAUCGACAAAGGUGCUAAUCAACCAAAACCGCUGCUGCCUCAGUUGACGGCCAUUCACGAUGCUGCAGCAGAGGAUCCACUGGUCUCACAAGUUCUUAACUCUCUACCAGAAGAGGUUGUGUUAAGAGGAGUUUUGAACGAAGAGAAUGUGACGCGUCGCUUUUACAAGAUCCGCAGAUGGUGUCGAAGAGUAGCCAUGAUAGGAGAGAACGGAGCUUCACCAUGGACUCACGUGCUGUCAUACAUUCAGUCUUUCCUAAUUUUCGAUUCAUUUGAUCCCGUAAAGCAGGGAGAACUCGUAGAUUUAGACAAUUUGGACACUUUUGAUCUCCUAGCGCGCGCAGAGUUCUACCUUCGGCAUGGAGAUCUGGAGCUAGCGACGCGAUUGGUAAAUCAGCUUCGUGGGGAGCCUAAAAAUGUAGCGCGCGAUUGGUUGCUGGAAGCUCGGUUGCUUUUGGAGACGAGGCAGGCUGCUAACUUGUUGACUGCUUAUGCUGCUGUAUUGGGAACAGCAGGGCUGGUUAAUUAGAUCUUAGAAGUACAUUUAUUUUUAAGGGACAAUACAAAUGAGUUGUCGUCAAUAAGUAAUGAUUCCCUUCCAACUAAUGAUUCAUUACCAACUCACGUCUUGAACUUCACCCUCUACUGCUUCUUUUUAAAAUACGAUUGGUGAAACAACACAGAGAAAGGGUAAGAAAGGAAAGAAGAUUAAAAAUGAACUUUUAAAGUCAGCCAGUCUACAAAUUUGUGAUAUCCGUGUAGAGUGAGUUCAAUGAUGUUUCCUUUCAUCCAAGUUUUGACCUAACAUAAUAACAAGCAGAAAACUAAAACUAAUAUGUUUUCGUGAGGCUGUAAUUCUUUGUUGCUUUAAUGUUAUCGGUAAAUCCAUGAAAUUAACAUCUACUUGAUUUACAAUUUUAGAGUUAAAAGAAUCAAUGUUUUUUAUUUUGUUCCAGUUCGUUUAUACGAACGCUGACUAUAAGCUUCAAGGUCGUCAAUUCAUCCCAAAAUCGUCAGUGCUUUGAGACUCGGCUGUAGUAAUUGACGCCGGUGAUAAAUACCACGCUGUCCGGUUUAGAAUCAGCCGUAGCGUUGUUAAGUUGGCAAAUCAGCGAAGCACGGGAUGUCCGCUGUGUGUUCCUCGCUUUCUUUGCAUUGACCUUUUCCGACCACAUGUUAAUGGAUGAGCAUUGUGGUAAUCUUUGGCAGUAAAGAGCGCAAUCAAUUUCUGAGGAGACCAUUAGCUCCUUUAUUUGAUGGUUGAUUAACGCAAUGUCUUUCUUGUGUUCUUUAAACAGCCCUUGCAGCUUGUUGUCGGCCAUGCUGCUCAUAGCAUGUGGAGUUUCACAGAGUUUCGUCUGCGGGGAUUGUGCAUAUUGUUGACAAUAUUCUAUUGAGUGCGUACAAUUAAACUCUCGCUGUUGAAAGCCAACGCCA